UUUACACGUUUUUUUAAACAAUCAUGGUGCCGACCUUGUGAAUGGCGGAGGUAGUUGUUUAUCGGCUUCACAGACGGUGUUACGGAGUAAAAGUUUGAUGUGCUUUCGGGAAUCUGUGGAACUGUAAAAAAAUGUUGACGUUUAUGACAUCGGUGUUCCGGCGACUCGUCAUUACCCCGGGAGGCUCAGGUCCGCUUCAGAACCACAUGAAGACACUGGCUGCUGGAAUUAAGACCUUUCCUGAACCUCCAGACUAUAGUGGUGUUGUGUUGCCUGAAAAACUAAAACUUAAGUUUAUAAAAAAAGUCCCAAACUUUAAGAAGGCGACAAAGGAAAUGAAGAACCUGAAGUGCAUUCGUGGCCCAGCCGUGAAAGCAAACUCCUUUACAAGAGGGCAGUAUGGAAUUGUGGCUAUGGGAGGAGGUUUUUUACACUGGGGCCAUUUCGAGAUGAUGAGGUUAACAAUCAACAGGAAGAUCGACUCUGAAACUACUUUUGCCCGAUGGGGAGUCAAUGCCCCUGACAAACCCAUCACUCGCAAAGGACUCGGAAAACGCAUGGGUGGAGGCAAAGGAGAAAUUGACCACUAUGUGACACCAGUGCGUUGUGGCCGCCUUAUUGUCGAGCUUGGUGGUCACGUUGAAUUCCAGGAGGUGGAGCCAGUCCUCACAGAAGUAGUCAAAAAAUUACCCUUUCCGGCUAAAGUAGUGAGCAGAGAAAGUCUGGCAGCCAUGAAGCAGGAGGAACGGGAACUGGAACUUAACAACCAGAAUCCUUGGACUUUCAAAAGGAUCGCUUCCACCAACAUGCUGGGCAUCCGCAAGGUGCUCAGCCCUUAUGAUUUAAAGUACCAGGGCAAAUAUUCUGGCAAGUUUCGGAUUCCUGGCAGAGUCUGAAUAGUUCAUGUUGCAGAUUAAAAUCUUUUUUGGGUUCCUUUCUGUACAGAACUCCUAAAUAUUGAACAAGUCAUUUUACAAUGGGAUUGGCUCCAGCAGACCCCCGUGAGCCUGUGUUAGGAUAUAGCAGGUUGGAGAAUGACUGACUGAUGAUGAUGACAUUUUACAAUCAGGACUAAAUCUGUUGUUGCUUUGCGUCUCCCCACAAAGACUUCAUAAAUGUUUUUGGAUGUAACAA